AUGCUUCAAAGACCAUCAGAAGAUCUUUUUCCAAAGAUGGAAGGUUCAGUUGAAGAAAUGGAUACCUCUGAUACCCAGUGGGGCUGGUUUUAUUUGGCUGAGUGUGGUAAAUGGCAUAUGUUUCAGACUGAUUCAAACAGUCAUUGCUCUGUUAGCAGUGAAGAUAUUGAAAGAAGCUUCCGAACAAACCCACAUGGUUCUGUUUCUUUUACUACUGCCAAAUUUAACUACACGCUAGACUUUUCAGUGAUGAAACAAACCAACCUAACUACCCUUAAGCAACGUCCAAUAAAGCGAGCUCCCUUUUCUAUCAGUGCUUUCAGUUUCAUCUGUGAAAAUGAGGCUAUCCCUAUGCCUUCACACUGGGAGAAUGUAAAUACUGAGGAGCCGUAUCAGCUUAUUCCAUUGCAAAAGAAAACAAAUGAAUAUAAUGAAGUUUCUAGUCUCUUUGGAAAAACAAUGGAUAGCAACCGAAUUAAAAGAAUUAAGAGAAUACAAAAUCUAGACUUGUGGGAGUUUUUUUGCAGGAAAAAAGCUCAACUAAAGAAGAAGAGAGGUGUCCCCACUAUUAACGAGCAGAUGUUAUUUCAUGGCACCAGUAAUGAAUUUGUAGAAGCAAUAUGUAUUCAUAACUUUGACUGGAGAAUAAAUGGGAUGCAUGCUGCUGUAUAUGGAAAAGGGACCUAUUUUGCAAGAGAUGCAUCAUAUUCCAGUCGUUUCUGCAAAGAGGACAUGAAGCAUGGAGAUACUUUUCAAAUUCACGGUGUCAAUCUGCAGCCCCAUCUGCAUAGACCAGAUAAAGUCAUGUUUCUUGCUCGUGUAUUAACCGGUGACUAUAUCAAUGGCGACGCGAAAUACAUGAGGCCUCCUUCAAAAGAUGGAAGCUUUGUGAACUUGUAUGACAGCUGUGUGGAUAAUACCUGGAACCCAAAGAUCUUUGUUGUCUUUGAUGCCAACCAAAUCUACCCUGAGUACUUAAUAGAAUUUUCGUAA